GCUAACGGAGAGAGGAAGGGGGAAGAGAGUGGGAGAGGCAGAGCCGGGAGAAGGAGGCCGCCGGGGCGCGCGAGGAGGCGGGGAAACCUGCUCGGUCCGCGCCCGGCCUCUCCCCCGCGGGCUGCAGGUGGAGCCGCGGAGGUAGCCGCUUCCGCCGCCGCCGCCGCCGCCUUCUCCUCCCCGGGCCUCCUCCCAGGCCCGGAGGCUGCUGGCGCGGGACUCCCGGAGCUGGCGGCCGGUGCGCGGGGCCCGCAGCUCGUCGAUGGCUGAAGGCCGGCGGCUGGAGGACGAGGACGAAGAGCUGCACGAGCGCCGGGAGCUCGGGGGCCCGCGCCGCGCCCGGGGCCGUGCGCUGUCGGGCCACUCGGCCGCAGAUCCAAACGAACGAAAUAAACCAGAGCAUCGUGCUUCAAGCCAAGGACCCUUGUCAUCCAUUAGAGCAGUAAUCAAGAGAUCUUCUCGGACUUCUAUUCAGAGUGAGCUUCAUCGAGAUAGGAGGCGCCCAGAGAUCACCAUUGUGGCGGCUGAGCCACUGAGGCCGACCUCAUGGUUUCCAGGAGCCCCACCCCCAGGACUGGCAUUCCCCCCAUCUUCUGCAGCAGGCCCUUGGAGGCCCAGUGAGCUGGUUCCUGCUGAGCUCCCACCAUCGUAUGAACAAGUCAUAAAAGAAAUCAACCAAGUUCAAGUUAACACUACAAAUAAUAAUAAUGCCGCUGCCACUCCAAGGCACACUAUUACUUCAGCAACUCAGACUGACUUUUCAGAAGAAGUAGACAACCAUCUGCCUCAAAGUAAUGCAACCUCAGCCAGCGAUCCUCCGACAGACGAGACGCCUUUAAUAGUCUUUGAUAUUUCUGAAGAACAGAAUUGUCCAGAAAACACCAGUGCUACAAGAUGUCCAGUGCCCAAACCAAGAUCAAAAAGCAACCUCAGACCAGUGGCCAGAGAGCCUCACGUUAAAGAGCAGAAUCCCCAGAAAAGCAGCCCAGCGGCCACCCCGGAGGAGGCAACCCCGAGCCGGCCCCAGCCUCUGUGGGACGAUACCGGCCACUCGGACAGCCAGGCAGUGAUGAACAUCAUGAACGCAGAACGGAGCCCAAACACCGUCGUUUCCAGGAUCAAAGCACUUGAGGGUGAGACAAAUGCGGAAAGCGUGGGGCUGCCCAAGAAGCCAGAAAUUGCCCCCCGCACAGUCCCCCCGAGGCCUGCUGCUUCCUCAGGGAAACCCUCCGUGGCCCCCAAACCGGCAGCUGACAGAGCCUCUGGAGGCUGGGACUCCUGGACCACAAACAGACUCCGGGGGGCCUCUAGGGAAGGCCUCACCCCACACUCUCCACCGCAAGAAGCAGGGAGCGUCCCUGUAACCAAACCCGAAUUGCCAAAGAAACCAAAUCCUGGCCUCAUACGAAGUGUUAAUCCCGAGAGUCUGGGAGGAGGGUCCGUGGCCGAGAGCCCCGCCAGUGGGAAGAAAGCCCCGACUCCUGCUCCUCGGCCUUUGCUGCCCAAGAAAUCAGCUUCUGCAGGAACGGCCCCCUACCCCGCGGCCUCAGAAACACCCCCCUACCCUGCGGCUUUGCUGAAACCCAUCACUGUGCCUCCCCGACUCUCCGUGGCGUCACAAGCCAAAGCGUUCAGGUCCCUGGGAGAAGGACCCCCGGCCAGCCCCGCAUCCCCGGUUCCGCAAAGCAAGCCUCCGGGGGACAUCGACCUCAUCAGCUUUGACGAUGAGGUUUUACCCGCCCCGUCUGGGAACCUGGUUGAAGACUCUGUUGAUUCCGAGAUGGUUCUGGAUCCCUUUCAGCUCCCCACAAGAAUAGAACCAGCAAAGGAACGAGCAGCACAACCAGCACCCACCAGGAAGCCCACUGUGAUUCGAAUUCCAGCCAAACCGGGAAAAUGUUCACAUGAGGAGGAUCCACAAAGCCCACCUCCUCUCCCUACUGAAAAACCUAUUGGAAACACCUUCAGCACAGUAUCCGGAAAACUCGGUAAUGCUAACAGAACUAGAAACUUGGAAUCUGACCAUGCUGGUCAGUCAGGAGGUCCUGUGCGAGGACCCCCAAGGUUGCCACCGAGACCUGUGAGUGGAAAAGUCAUACCAGCUCGACAGCCUCCUCCCAAGGGGGCCCCUGAGAGACCACCUCCCCCCAAACUUCCUGCAACCAGAGCAGCAGAUAAAAAACUGCCUUUGAAUCGGUCUUCCUCCGACAUGGAUCUUCCGAAAAAACCAAGUAACCUGGCCCCUGGACUCUCAAAAGCCAAGAGCCAAGUCCUUAAACAUCAAGAUCCAGUACCGCCCCCUCGCCCCAAACCAGGACACCCUCUCGACAGGAAAUACACGCUCUCUGUGCCUCACGGAAUUGCCAAUGAAGACAUUGUCCCGCAAAACCCUGGAGAACUUUCCUGUAAGCGUGGGGACGUCCUUGUGAUACUGAAGCAGGCGGAAGGUAAUUACUUGGAGUGCCGGAAGGGAGCCGACGCCGGCAGAGUCCACCUGUCUCACAUGAAGAUCAUCACCCCACUUGAUGAACAUCUCAGAAGCAGGCCGAACGAUCCAGGCCACGCUCAGAAGCCCGUUGACAGUGGUGCCCCUCAUGCUGUUGUUCUUCACGAUUUUCCGGCAGAGCAAGUUGAUGAUUUGAACCUCACUUCAGGAGAAAUUGUUUAUCUUCUGGAAAAAGUAGAUACAGAUUGGUACAGGGGGAAAUGUAGAAACCAGACUGGUGUAUUUCCUGCCACCUACGUCAAAGUGAUUACUGAUGUUCCAGGAGGAAAUGGGAAAAGGGAAUCCGUCGCAUCUCAUUGUGUUAAAGGCCCAAGAUGUGUUGCUCGAUUUGAGUAUAUUGGAGACCAGAAGGAUGAGUUAAGUUUCUCAGAGGGAGAAAUUAUUCUUCUUAAAGAGUAUGUGAAUGACGAGUGGGCAAGAGGAGAACUUCGAGAGAGAUCUGGGAUCUUCCCCCUUAACUUUGUGGAACUCAUUGAGGAUCAUCCCACCUCUGGUGCAAAUGUUUUAAGCACAAAGGUACCACCGAAAACCAAAAAUGAAGAUUCUGGUGCAAAUUAUCAGAACAGUCUUUCUGCGGAAUGGUGCGAAGCUCUUCACAGUUUCACAGCGGAGACCAGUGACGACUUGUCCUUCAAGAGGGGAGACCAGAUCCUGAUUGUGGAACGUGUGGACUCCGACUGGUACAAGGGCAGACUGCGCGACAGGGAGGGCAUCUUCCCCGCAGUCUUCGUGCGGCCCUGCCCAGCUGAGGCUAAAAGUAUGGCUGCUUUAGCACUGAAGGAGAGGAAGGCCAAAGCCUUGUAUGAUUUCCAUGGAGAGAAUGAAGAUGAGCUUUCCUUCAAGGCUGGAGACAUAAUAACAGAGCUGGAAUCUGUAGAUGAUGACUGGAUGAGUGGAGAAUUGAUGGGAAAAUCUGGAAUAUUUCCCAGAACCUACAUUCAGGUUUUACAAGUUGGCUAAAGGUGAAGCUUGACUGUGUUCCUUGGCACAAGAACUCACUUGAACUAUCACUUUGACUAUCAGAUAUGUUUUUGCACUAUUUUUUUAAACUGAAAGAAAUAUCUAUGCUGUACAUGGUAUACUAGAAUUUUCUGAAAGCAGAAAACAUCUGAUUUUGUAGUUAGCUUUCAUUCACAGUAGAAACGUGCGCACGGAAACCCAUGAGCACAUUUCUACCAAGGAGGACAUCAAGCAGGAUUAGCAAGGCAGGCAGACCCUCCCCCCGGGAGAGUGUCUGGUGACAGGGCAGCAGGACGACACUUAGAAGCAGAAGUUGCACUUGGACCUCUGUGUUCAUCAGCACAAGUAAAUUAACUGUGCUUCUUCGUUUUCUACUUUAGUUGUAAAAGAGGACACUUGUUAUUCUACAUGCUGUAACUAUCAGGCCAUGGUUGGUAACCUAAAUUUCAUUAUUGAUAUUCAAAUUAAUUCUAACAGCUUGAGCGCAUUAUCCUUAUUAUUGGAGCAAAGCCUUGCUCCAGGAGAGGGUAGUUCACUGACUGGUGGGAGCCUUUGUGAGCACAUGGUGAAUCAGCUCAGUCACCACAUGCUCCUGUGGUAGCAGGUGUUUCCCCUUUGUCCCAGUGUUUGAAAGGGGUUGAAAUUUGAUGUGUCUUAGUCAAAAGAACCAAAACCAUCCUGAAAUGCCUUGCUAAUAUAACUAACCCUUCCACAUACCUACAGUACUUAAUUUCUUUCCUCUGUGUAUACUUUAUGUUAACAGGGUUAUUAUAAGCACAUUUUCUGAAUCUGCAAUCAUUCUUUUGACAAUUACUGGUACCCAAAGAAAAAUUCAUUUUCUUUGAGUUACCCCAGUAAUACAUAAAACUGUCUUGUUAUAGUGGUACAUUAUGAAUCACAUAUAUCUCAGAAUACAGAGCAACUCUUAAGAUGGAAAACAAUGCCAAACCCCCAGCUUAUUCUUCCAAAUAUAAUCAGAGUGAAAAAUAAUCUGAGAGAAUCUGAAGGCUGAUACUUUUGGGGUUAUUUUCUUUUUUCUCCAGCUCUUCCCUGCAGUUAUUAGAGUAAAUAAAAAACCACUUUCCUGCUAUCCAUUGUUAUGCAUUCCAGGCUUAAGAUAAAAGUGGUUCCUUGCAACACUGAAUCAAUUACAGUUUAUGGGCUAAAGCCAAAUAGGUCGAAGACAAUCUUCUGAUCAAUGGAAUAGAGUUUCAUUGGAAAUGGAAAACACUUUCCCAACUAUGUUCAUAACUUUCUUCCAUUUUUGAGAAGAGUUUCAUAUGCUGGGCCAUUUUUUAGCUUUUGUAUUUGUUUCCACUGUCUGAAUUCAAAGUUAGGCAGUAAGUGGUGAAACCAUCAUGUGAAUACCACGGGGGGGUUCUGUAAGGGAGGAGAUAUUUACUCUGUCUUUGAUUAAAGUUCAUUUCCCAGUAUAUGGUUAAAAUUGAUUUUGGAAUAUGGGAGCUGUUUGUUCUACAUGUUUUGGGUAAAGAGAACAGUAUAAAGAAAACUGGUCAAAUUUCACUCAAGUUAUUUCAUAAGAAAUGGAUGGCUUAAAGCAUAUUAUCCCAACUAAAUUCCUAUUUGCAGCAAGCUUGUGUACAACAGUAGGAAAGUGAGAAGUGGGGGCGUAGUGUCUGGGAUAGGACAUGAGGUAUAUUUCUUUGCCUGUGUAAUUUUAACAUCCUGUAUCAAAGAUCAUGAAAACUUAGCUUUAUUGGAGAAAAAUAUUCCUUUUAAAUGUUGGCCUCUGUCAGCAGAAUGAUAAGUGCAAUAGUUGUAAAUCUACUUGACACUAUAAUAAACCGAACUGAACUUUUCAAA